CGUAUCUUGCAUAGUUUUCCGAGCUCAGUGGGAGCUGACAACUCUGCAGUGCUUCCUCUGAUGUGAAAAUGAAUUAAAAGUAAAAGUUGUGUAUCUCCAAAAUCAGUUUUUAAAGCUCAGUGACAGUGAGGCUGCAGACACCAGGGAAAGCUGCCUCUGACUGGCGGCUGGUACUCACAGGAAAGAGUAACUGACGCUUUAAAGGGGAAAAACUGAACCCGAUCUGAGUGAGAGGUGAAAACAAAGUGGGCAGACAUCUGGAUUGUGUUUUGAAGGGGUGAUGACAGCGCGUUCAGGGAGGGAGAUGCAGUACCUACAGUGGUUGUUGCUGGUGAUCCUAUGGAGGGCACAGACUGUGGAGAGCUGUCCUGACGUCUGCAAAUGCUCCAAGAUGCCCGACGUCGAAAAGUCAGAGGUCAACUGUCACAAGAAGGGGCUUCAAGAUUUCCCCUCCGAUCUGCCCCCCGAUGCUUGGAUCCUCAAACUUGGUGAGAAUGGUAUCACAGACCUGAAGGCCAACGCUCUGACAUCGAUCCCGAAGAUUGAGAGUAUCAACCUGGAACGAAACGCCAUCAAGUCCAUCCACCCAAAAGCUUUCUCUGGUGCAAAGCAGCUGAUGCUUCUCAAUCUGUACAGCAACCGUAUCACCAACCUUCCACCAAAGGCAUUCCAGGACCUCCUGAACCUUCGCUUCCUCAUGCUGGGACAGAACCAGAUCGGCACCCUCAAAGCUGAGAUGUUUGCCGGCUUGAGGAACCUGUCAGAUCUCGACCUGCCUCUCAACGCGCUGACCUCGCUCCCGUCUAACGCCUUCAAGCCUCUGAUCGCCCUCAAGGUUCUGGACCUUUCCCUCAAUCGCAUCGAGAGGAUCUCUCCAAAGGCCUUCACUGGGCUCAGGCAGCUCAUGUUUCUCAACUUGGACAAUAACAGUGUGAAGACUGUUCCUGCUGGAGCUUUCAGGCUGCUGCGAUCUCUGGAGAUGCUGGUUUUAGACAACAACCUUCUGUCCACAUUGAACCCGCCAGCUCUGGAUGGCCUGGACAACCUGCAGGAACUGUACCUGAGGAACAACAAGCUGGAGAACCUGCCACCUGAUGUGUUCAGGAACAUGCCCAAGCUUUCUCAGCUGGCUCUCAGCGGAAACCGCCUGAGGACGGUGGAUGGAAACAUGUUCACCCAUAUGCCUAUCCUGAAGAAGUUGUACCUCCAUGACAACCCGUGGCAGUGCGACUGUAACAUCAGCUCCUUGGUGCAGUGGAUGGGACGGAUCAAGGCCACCCUGUCGGCUCGGGAUGCUCUGAGAUGCAUAAGUCCUCCAGAGCUCCACAACAAGAAACUCAGCAGCCUCCAAGUUGACAAACUGCUCUGCCAUGCCUAACAUCAGAAAGCCUUGAUGAAGACCACGGCCUGGGCUCAGACCCAUGGAGAUUCAGAUGAUGAACUCUUAUUCAAUUUUUUUUAAUUUUUUUUACUCUGUAGUCGAGUGUUUGUAGAGGGAACUCGUUUCUUGUGUGAUUUCUCAGUGCUGCAAUGUAAUCAAUAGAUUUCCCUGUAGGAUAAGUGUAACAUAUUGAUGUUUUCAGCUAAAAAUCUUGCAUAAAAUAUCACCUUUUAGAAACUUAGGUUUGACCGUGAUGUAUUAGUUAUUAGUUUAAAGCCAAGAGUUAUAGAUGUGAUUUCAACUGAGACUGGAGCUCUGCAGUAAAAAUAUGAAAAGCACGAAACAGCUGUGAUAUUUUUACUGCUUAUCAUCACUCUGUUUUCUACCAGCAAAGUACUGGUAAUGUACCAGUGCUGCCCUUUAUGUCCAAAUUCAAAACUGAGCUGAUGCUUACAUGUAGCACAGCAGUGAUAUAUACCAUGUGGCCAAAAGUAUGUGGACAGUUCUGACCUGUUGUACAAAAGCCUUUUCUCUUACUAAGUAAAGGUGGACUCGUGAGUAGAUCGGUUAUCAUGUUCGGCUUGAUGAUGUUUAACGUCCCAGACAACCUCCUUAGUCUAAUUUAGCCACUUAGCAACCAACC